AUGAGGCGCGGAGCGGCCGCGGAGGCCCCGGAGGGGCGGCGGGGCCUGGCCCCGGCCCUCAACGACACCCGGCCCGACGCCGAGGAGCGGAUCGCCGCCCGCCGCCGCCGGAUCGCCGCCCGCCUCGAUGCCCAGCGCCGGGAGGCCCUUGGAGAAAAUGCAGAGCCGGAGAUGGCUGAGGAGGAGGAAGAGCAGAGAAGGAGCCACAAGCAGAUUGAGGACAGUGGUCAGAAGCUGGCCAAGUUGCUCUUCGAUGGCAUGCAGAUGGUGACAAAUAUCCAGGUAGCUGCUGACUUGAGGGAAACGAAGAGGAGGGCAGAGGAGGCAGAGCUGAAACUGCAGAGGCUAGAGAAGCUGGAGGAUGAAGCCAAGUCAAGCACAUGCAAGUUUGAGGAGAUCACUUCCAAGUGGGCCUUGGCCAAGGAGAUGACAGUCCCUCAGGAGCUGUGGCAGCUGCUGAACCACCAGCAGCAGGAGUGCACACAGCUUCUGGAGGAGAAGAACAGGCUCAUUGGUGAACUGCAGCAGGAGCUGAAAAACAAAGAUGAGCAGUAUGUGCAGGCCAUUAAGGAGCAGUCGGAUGAUAUCCACCUGCUUUUGGAGAGAAUGGAGGAACAGAUCAGGCUCAUGCUGAAAACAUACCGUCACAAACUCCUACAGAUUGAGAAAGCUUUUGAGCUUGAACGGCGAGAGCUGCUGGAAGACAACAGGAAGAAGUGGGAGGAAGCUAUCCAGGCCCACAAUGCACGGGAGCUGGAGCACCUUCAUGACCGUGUGAGGAAGGCAGAAGAAUUUGAGAAACAACUGGAUAGGCUGCGAGUGCAGGAUGAAGAGAAGUACAACAGCAUGAAGAUGCAGCUAGAGAAUGAUGUUCAGAACCUGGAGAGGCAGCUCCAACAGGUGAAAGCUGUCUAUCACCUGAAUCAGGAGAAGCUGGAGUACAAUCUUCAGGUGCUUAAGAAGCAGGAUGAGGAGAACACCAUCAUCAGAUCCCAGCAGAAGAGGAAGCUCAACCGGCUCCACAGUCUGCUCAAUAACCUGAGAACCAAAAUGGCCAGGCAAGAGAAGCAGUUCAGAGAGGAGAACCAGAGCCUGGCAGCUGACUGUGCGCGCAUCACGGGGCAGUGCCAGGAGGUACAGAGGAGAAUGAGGCACUUUGCUGUCAGCAGCGCCGAGAGGUUCACAGAGAUUUGGCUUAUGAACGAGGAGGAAGCCAAAGGGCUGAUGAGGAAAGCCCUGGAUGCAGAUCGCAUCAUUCACACCCAGCAGCUGGGGCUGCCCUGGGAAGAGCCUUCUUACUGGUUCCUCAACAAUGUUGGCCCCCCAGGGCAUUACAAGUCGAAGAGGAUGGCAAGCAAGUUGGCUGCAGAGGUCCUGGCAGAGAGCAGCUGUAGCGGGCAGGAGGAGGAAGGGAGUAAGCAGGAGAAGGAAGAAGUGGGCAGUAGAGAAGGAGAAGACAACACAGUAAAUGUUGAGGACAGAGUCUCAGCUCUGCGAAACAUCUCCAAGAAGACAGCCAAGAAGAUCCUGGAGCUCGUGAGCGACGAGUCGGGCUUCCUCAUGGAGAGCAGGCUGCUGAAGCCCCUGCGUGCACUGGGGAGGCAUGAGCGUACUCUCAUGAAGCUCAACUCCAUCUUUGCAGCCCUCGAGAUCAACAGUGAAGAUGACCUGUACCAGCUGCUGGAUUUUUUCCUGCAGUACAAAGCCCAGGAGGUUGCUGUCAGCCAGAGCCAGGCCAGCCUAAGUGAAGAAGAUGCCCUGGAUCCAGCUGAGGACAGAGGGGAUGGUGGAUUUAGUACCCAGAGAGAGCUCAGAUCCCCACAGAGCUCACCAGGCUCCCUUCCAGCCACGUACAUCCAUGCUGAUGAUGUCCUAAAGAUCCUGAAAGUGUUUGUGAGGGAUUUUGACAAACUGAGGGAGGAGGAGAUACCAGCAAAGGAGGCUCUGCAGAUCCGAGACAGCUCCAAGGACGAGGAGUACUGGGAAGCUCUGGCACACGUUAUCCCAGAGCCAACGUUGAAGCUGUGGGAUGCACUGGCAGUGGCACUAGAGGAAUAUCAUAAGGUCCUGUCACAUAGGGCCACCCUGCUCACCGAAACUGCUGUCCUGCAGCAAGAGAACUCGGAGCUGUACCUGUUGCUGGAGGAAUACCUCAGCUCCAGGGAGAACAACAGGCUGCUCUGCCCUCCCAUUAAGUGGAUGGACCUGCCCCAAGCCAGCCCCAGACAACCACAGUGA